AUGCCUAAUGCUUCUUUACUCCCUGAGGAACUCAUUGCGGAAAUUCUGUCAUGGGUUCCGGUGAAGGCUCUCAUGCAAUUCAGGUGCGUUUCUAAGACUUGGAAUUCCCUCAUCUUACAUCCUACAUUCGUCAAAUUGCACCUUCAUAGGUCAUCCAAAAACACCCACAUCCUAGUAAUGUAUAAGGACAUUAACGCGGAGGAUGAUAAACUCGUUACCUGUGUCGCACCCUGUUCGAUACGUUAUUUACUUGAGAACCCAUCAUCCACGGUUGACCAUGGUUGCCACCGAUUCAAUGCCAAUUACCUUGUCUCUGGCGUUUGCAAUGGGUUGGUUUGCUUGCGUGAUUCUUUUGCUGGACAUGAAUUUCAGGAAUAUUGGUUUCGAUUUUGGAACCCAGCCACAAGGGUCAUGUCCAUAGAUUCACCACCCUUGCGUCUCCAUUCGUCCAAUUAUAAAACAAAAUGGUAUCAUGUGAAGUGUGCUCUUGGGUAUGAUGAUUUGAGUGAAACUUACAAGGUGGCCGUAGUCCUUUCUGAUAUUAAAUCACAGAAAAUGGAGGUGAGAGUUCACUGUUUGGGUGACACUUGUUGGAGAAAGAUUUUAACUUGCCUUGAUUUUCACUUUCUGCAGCAGUGCGAUGGACAGUUUGUGAAUGGCACCGUUAACUGGUUAGCACUUCGAAAGUUGAGUUCUGAUUAUAUUUGGAGAUAUGAAUUAGUAAUUUUUUCGUACGAUAUGAAGAAUGAGACAUACAGAUAUUUGUUGAAGCCUGAUGGUAUGUCUGAAGUCUCUUUUCCUGAGCCUCGUCUUGGGAUUUUGAAGGGUUACCUCUGUCUUUCUUGUGAUCAUGGGAGAACCCAUUUUGUUGUUUGGCUAAUGAGGGAAUUUGGAGUUGAAAAAUCUUGGACUCAAUUGUUGAACGUAAGUUAUGAGCAUCUUCAACUUGAUCAAUUUCCAUUCCCAUCUACUUCAAUGAUACCUUUGUGCAUGUCUGAAGAUGAAGAUGUCAUGUUGCUGGCAAGCUAUGGACGUAAGGAAUUUGUUCUGGUUAAUAAGAGAGAUAACAGAAUGGACGAUAUUGGAGGUUUCGAUGGUAAAUAUUAUUGGCCGUACUCCUAUGAUUAUGUUCCAAGCUUGGUUUUGCCAUAUCGAAAUUAAGCUACCUUAAUUUGCUUAUAUGAAUUUAUGUUAAAUUA